UGUGGUCGGGCGAGGGUGUGCAAUUGUGCAUCUCGCAACUUGAUGGCUGCUCUUUUUAUUCCCGUCUUGUCCUGUUUCGUGGCUGCAACGUCGUCCGAAAGGCUCUGGAGUCGCCAUCAAGUUCUGGACCAUGAUUCUCAAUUCACCCUAUCGUGGAACCCUCGCUUGGAUGCAGAGGGUUAUUUCCACUUCAACUUGAAGGCGAUCACCAAAGGUUACGUCGGAUUCGGACUCUCCGACACCGGGACCAUGGCCGGCGCAGAUUUGGUUGUGGCUUGGCCCGAAAAGUCGGGAAAUGCAACUGUUUUGGACAUGUACGCGAGCCAGAACGGCCUUCCGAGGCAGGACGCGCACAACGAUUGGCACCUGAAGGGCAGCGCCUUCAACAGGAAAACUGGCGUCUUCCAAGUCUCGUUGGCGCGCAAGAUUGCCGCCUAUGACGACAAAGAUCUGCCAAUCCACGAAGGACCAGUGCUGAUAAUCUACUCGUGGGGCAAAACCCGAGCUCUGGAGCACCACGGGACCAAUCGAAGAGGCGCCGUCAAAAUUAAUUUGCUGCAACUCGCAAAUCACUCUGGACUGAUGAAAAAAAAACCAUCCACUUUUGAAGUCCUAUUCUUUUCAAUAUUUGUUUCUAAAAUUAUUUUCAAUUAAGUUUUGAGUGAGUUCGAGAAAGAUGUUGAUUUUCAAAGUUGAGUGGUUGCUUUCUAUUGAUCCACCCCUUGCCAUAUUUAAUUACUCCAUACUCUUGAGAAUCAAGAGUUCACAUUGCAGGCAACCUUCUCAUUACAUUUUGUUCUCACUCCCUUUCAAUUUAUGCGACGAGCGUGGUAUUAAUUCAUAUUUUUGCGAUUGAAGUUUUCAUUUUAAUGAGUGGAUGUGUACAUGUGGACUGUGGAGGUUCUUGAGACGCUUAGGUUAAAACAUUUUUUUUUAUUACUGACACAGUCAUUAAAAUCACAUUUACACAAGGAUUUUUCUUGCAAAUAAAUGCACAAAGCUCGAAUAAAAUUUGGAAUGUUGAAGCAAAGAAAACUGCUUUCCCUGUACAAUAAUUAAAUUUUCAAGCUAUUUUAGUAUGGCUGAUUGUGAGAAUAUAAUAGUAUCAAAGGAACUUGAGAAAUAAAUGCCAUAGUAAUGGAAUUUAAA